AUGCCACCAAAGAAGAAGACCGGCGAGGAUGGUGCCGACACUGCCGGCGAUGGCGCAUUCCGCUGGACCCCCGAGAACGAACUCACACUCCUUCUCCUAACCAUGGGCCGCGCCCCCACCAAAGACGACUAUGUCAAGCUCGUUGACGCUCUGCCGCCCGGUACCAACUGGAAUGCAAUCCGCCAGCGCUUCGGCAAGUUGCGCAAGGACCAACAGAAGCGGUUUGAAGAGUUGGGUUGGGAUAUGCCUGAUGGUUCUGCGGCGGCUAAGACUCCGAAGACUGGUACGCCGAAGAAGAGAGCUGCUGCCGCUGAUAAGGGUGAAGACGGUGGUGGUGAGGAUGGAGAGACUCCGACUAAGAAGCCGCGUGCGAGGAAGGGCAAGAAGGAGGUUGUUAAGAAGGAGGUCGAGGAUGAUGGUGGGCUUGGUGGUGAGCUGUAUCGUGAGCUAAAUGGGGGUGAUGGCUUUGUCAAGGAGGAGACGCUUGAAGAGGAUGUUUAG